CCCUCCCUCCCUUCCCCUCUUCCACCGAACUACCAACCCCAGCACAGCGCGAGCGCGAGCGCAGUCGCACGCUCGACGGCUCCAGUAAAAUAAUAAACUACUAAAAAAACGCGCACAUAAUAAUACCGAGAGGAGAACCAAAAAAACAAAAAUCCCCAAAGCUACCUCUCCUGCUCCCCUUCCCCCCUCCCAUGCCUCCGCUCCUCGCCGCCGCCGCCGUCGCCGUUGAGAGAACUAGGACCACGGGCGGGCGGAGCACUGGCUUCCUGCGGACCCGCCGCCGCUCCUCGGGCGCAAGCGCUAGCCGUCGCGGGGUCGCCCUGUGAGCCCUGAUCGGUAGUGGGCGGGGGUCUGGUCGGCGGCGGGCCGGUAGACGGGCGGGGGCCGUGGCGGGCGAUGGCGCCGGCGAAGAGGAAGCGCGCAGCGGCUGCGGCCGCCGCCGCGGCGGCUGCCGCGGCCAAGUGGAAGGUGGGCGACCUCGUGCUCGCCAAGAUGAAGGGCUUCCCGGCCUGGCCGGCUAUGAUUAGUGAACCAGAGCAGUGGAAGAUGCCUUCUACUAAAAAGAAACCGCUGGUUUAUUUCUAUGGUACUAAACAGAUUGCUUUCUGCAAUUAUGCUGAUCUCGAGGCAUUCACUGAAGAGAAAAAAAGAUCUCUACUUGCUAAGCGACAUGGUAAAGGGGCUGAUUUCUUGAGAGCAGUGGAUGAGAUAGUUGAAGUUUAUGAUUCUCUAAGGGAUAAAGGUAAUAACAAGGUUGACUUGGCUGCCGAAGAAGUAAAGCCAGGUGUAGAAAAGUUUGCUGAAAAUAAUAGCUGCAUGGAUACUGAAAAUCUGGUCAGUAGCUCUUAUAUGCACAAUGAUAAAAAGAUAGAAGAUCAUUAUGUCACUACCAGGAGCCGAGACAUGGUCAAUUCUGACAGGCCUUCAGUCACUAUAAUGGGUGACGAGUGCUGUGUUGUAAAUUCUGCCCCUGAGCCUACUGAAAAUGUAUCUGUCCUUGAUGAAAUGAGGGAUAUUUCUUUGCGUACUAAUUCAUUUUCAAAUAAGCAAAGGGAUGCACAGCCACAAAAUUGCUACACACGUAGUAGGGUUCCAUCUCUGCGGAAGUCAAGAAGUUCAGUAAGUGUGGAAUCAAGAAAGGCUCAAGGUUUUGGUAAAUUUUUUGAUCAUACCAAUUUGGCUUCUAUUGAUUUGGUCCCUGGUGAACAUAAGGAGCGUUCCGGUCGUCAUGGGCAUGAGGAUGGCAAAGCUAACUCAGUUUCAGUUUCUACAUCAGAUAAUGUCUGGUUGCAUUCUGGUGGAGGCACUUCCAACCAACCUGUAGCUUUGGGGGCUAGUAACAGCAACAGAAUGUUGAAUCCUCCUGCUAAGGUGGAUAGUACUUGUAACAGUGAAGCAUCUGAAAAUGGAACUUCAGAGACAGAAUUGAAAUCAAAUGGCACAUCAAGUCUACCCAUGAACACAGUUUUCACGAGAAAAAGAAAAUCAGAUAGAAAACCGGUCCCUCAUUAUAAAGAUUGUACAACACCAAAUAAAGAUGAGCAAUUACGUGCUGAGUACAGUGAAACCCUUCCAGAUUCUCCAAAUUCAAAGAAUGAAGUAAGCAAGUCAGAUGGAGAUGAGCACUUGCCAUUGGUCAAAAGGGCAAGGGUCCGAAUGGGAAGGUCUCAGUUGGAGGAUUCACCAGUUGAUGAAAUUGAUGCUUCUAAUAAGAAACCAGAGCUUGCAACAACCUUGGACCAGUGUGAUAGGAAUGGUAAACCUACAAGUCCUGCCAAUGAUUACUCAGCUGAUCAGGUGUCCACAGUCGUAAGUUCUUCUAAUCCGUCCUGCAAAUUUGACACAACUAUCCUGUCAAAGGAAGCUCAUCUUCCUUGGAAGAAUAAAGAAUACCAUCCAAAAAUUUUAGCAUUAGAUGUGGAAGCUGCUUUGCCUCCUUCCAAACGCCUUCAUCGUGCCUUAGAAGCGAUGUCUGCUAAUGUUGCUGAGAAUAUCAAUAAUAUACCUGAAGUGACAGGACCAAAUGAAACAGCUCUAAAUGGCUCUUUGUUGACAGCAAACAGCCAUUGUAAUAAAUCUGCAGAUGCAGUAGUCACAGUAUCCAACAAACCUGUAAUAGUUCAAAGCCCUGAACCUUCUUUAGACACACAGUUAGUGCAUAACCCAUCGGGCAAAUGUACCUCAGAAUUGAUUUUACAAAAUAACACCAUUCCUGAUUCUGCUUCAGUUCCUUCAAGAGAAAAUGAUUCCCGUGAAGAAACCCUCAUGGAUACUAAAAUGGCCAAUGGUUCUUGGGUUUGUAGUGAACUAGAUAAUGAUUCCUGUGGGAAAACUUCAUCCCUUUGUACGAAAUUGAAUCGGCCUACACUUGAUGUUACCCAAGCCACAUCUGUACCUGACCGGUUGUCUUCGUCUUUGGAGAAAGCCAGUGAAAAUGUGGCAGCAAGCGGUAUCAAAGAGACAAAACCAUUUGGCUCAGCUGUUUGUGAUGUUGACAGAAGUGCAGAACCAAUUGACCAUCCAAACAACAAUGUGAUGAGCAACACUAUACGGCAUAGUGAGACUAUUGUAGUGGAUUCAGUGAACAAUGUGGGGGAUACGGCAAGCAACUCUUCGUUGGCUACUAAAUCAUCCAGUAUACAAUCCGAUGCAGACACCCGGACAUCUGAAGUGCAUACAUUCUCAUCUUUGGCAUUGAAAGAACUGAACCAUAGAAAAAUUAAGGACAGAAGCACUUCUCCAGAUUCAAUGCCAAUGAAAGAACUUAUAGCUGUUGCACAAGCUAGAAGGUUUUCUCGAUCAACUUCCUUUCCAGAUAACUUCCUAAAUGCCAAGUAUAUUCCUGAGACAUCAGUAAAUACACCUCCCAAGGAAGGCUCACACAGGCAGUUGUCACCCUCAAAUCGGAUAAUCAGGUCCACCUCUGGAAAUGAUAAUGUUCAUUCUAGGAGUCCUUUUGAUAAUAUUCAACCGAAGAAAUUAGCAGGGCAUGAUGAAGCCAAUGCAGCACGAAGGUCUUUCAAAGAUUUCCUCAGUACAUUGACAAGAACCAAAGAAAGUAUAUCACGCGCGACACGUCUUGCUAUUGAGUGUGCUAAAUUUGGCAUUGCUGGUGAGGCAAUUGACAUCAUCGUUGAACACCUGGAAAAGGAAUCAAAUUUAUAUAAGAGGGUGGAUCUCUUCUUCCUUGUAGAUUCAAUAACACAAUGCUCCCGCAAUCAGAAGGGUGGAGCUGGAGAUGUAUAUCCCUCUCUCAUUCAGGCAGUUCUACCUCGAAUUCUCUAUGCUGCUGCACCUCCUGGAAACUCAGCAUGGGAGAACCGAAAGCAAUGUCUCAAGGUUUUGAAACUUUGGCUUGAAAGGAAAACACUUUCAGAAUAUGUCAUCCGUCACCAUAUUAGAGAAAUUGAGACUAUCAAUGAGGCAUCAUUUGGAAGUUCUCGCCGUCCUUCAAGAACAGAGAGAGCUCUAAAUGACCCUUUGCGUGACAAUGAAGGAAUGCUUGUUGAUGAGUAUGGGAGCAAUGCUGGUUUUCAGCUACCCAACUUAAUUUGUACAAAAGUACUUGAAGAAGAGGAAGAAAGCUCUUCUGAAGAUAGGAGCUUGAGCUUUGAAGCUGUUACACCUGAACAGGAUGCCCCAUAUAAUGAUGACAAUGAAGAAUCUCAAAUGCCUGUUGAGAAGCAUCACCACAUUCUUGAAGAGGUUGAUGGCGAGCUUGAGAUGGAGGAUGUAGCUCCACCAUCUGAUAUUGAAGCAACCACCAAAUGCCAAGCAGAGCAAAGUGACACCAAUUGUGCACCAUCUGACCAACGGCCUUCAGAUGUCGGCCCUCCACUUCCUGUGGACCGGCCUCCGUCACCUCCGCCGUUGCCAUCAUCUCCUCCACCUGUGCCACCUCCUCCACCUGCCCCUGUUCCUCAGAGUGCGCAGAUGCAGCCUAAAUUACAAAUGGCAUCUGAUCCCAUUGGGCCGCAUCCUCCAAGAGCUACAUAUAAUGUUCAAAGUCAACAACCUCAUUCUAUUGCAGAGCGCCCCGGUAACAUGAAUUCUUCUGUCACAUCAUUGCCGCCCCCACCUUUUAAUAAUUCGGGAUAUGGAGGACAACCAAAUCAGAUACCACCUCCCCCACCAAUGGCACCACUCAAUCCUCCUGGUCCCCAUGGCAGUUUCCCUGCUCCCCCAGCACCAUACCAUGGGAAUAACUAUCAUCGGCCUCCAUCCACAUCAAUGCCUAAUGAGGGAUAUCAUCUGCAACCACCACCCCCUCCACCGCCUCCAAAUCAAUUCCCUUCUGUGCCACCAGAACACCAACAUAGGCCGCCUCACUGGGGUAAUAACUGUCCACCUUAUCCUGAGAGAUAUCGGCACAAUGGACAUGAUCGAGGUCAUCAUAGACAUGAUAGAAGGCAUCAUGGGCAUGACAGACAACACCAUUAUGAUGAUAGAGGAUACCACUACGAUGAUAGAGGAUAUCACUAUGAUGAUAGAGGCCAUUACUUUGAUGAUAGAAGACAUCAUUUUGAUGACAGAGGACAUCACUUUGAUGAGAGAGCUAUUAGGGGGCCAAUGCACAAUGAGGGUGCUGACAGGGGAAGAUAUCCUUUUCCUCCAGGACCUCCUCCGAUUCCUGACCAUUUUGAAGCUCCUCCAGCCCCAAUGCACUAUGGGCGACCAUCAGAUCCUCCACCAGGGCCUUGUGCAGGCUGGUCUAGGCCACCUAGGAUAUCUAAUAACUAUUCUCCCACAAGACAUUCUAUGGAGCCUCCAGUUUCACAUGCAGCUGGAGGGCAUGGUGGAUGGAGACCUAGAUAACCUUUUGUAAUACUGAAGUGGUGCUGAUGCUUUUCUUAGUCUUGGGGGGGUUUAACCUGGGAGAGUCUGGUGUCUCUGCUUCAGAUUGAAGGCACAAACGGAACACUCCAGGAAAGUGGGAGCUGGUACCUGCCUCCUUGUACAUAUGUAUCUCAAGGAUUCUUUGGCAGUCGGUCUGCCUGAAGUGCUGUUGUAUCCUAGGGGUAGACUGCGCGACCACACGCAGAGCUGAGUUGUAGGGAUAGGAUGUCUUUUAUCAACCGAUUGUAGUCUUAGAUUGUAUUUGAUUUCAUUGCUGAUGUCCAUUCCUGAAUUCCUCCUGGCCUCAGACGACAGCCAGCUGCUCUGAUGACUUGCUGAAACUGUUUGAGUACAGCGUACAUAUAAGCCCAAAAAGAGUGAAAUACAAAUCAUUUUGCACCUGCUGGUGACCUGUUCAAUCACUCAGUCCUUGCAUCUAGACGGUUUCAGCUUUGAUGUUCACUUCUUUUCAACCCUUUUUUUGUAUAUGUAUAUAUAGAGCAAGUACAUAUGGCGAAACUAA